CUCAUUGUUUCCCUGGUAGGGGUGUGUGGUAGAGUAGAGUAAGUGCUGAUUCUUGGAGAAAUUGUGAUUUAAUCCUAGAUUUGCAUAAAGAUUUUUAUGAUUUUCACUUACACAGACAUUGAUAAUACUUGAAGUCUGAUUAAGUUCAAGUCUCAGCUCAACUGUAUCAAUUCUAAACUAGUUGGGGCAGGUUGUUUUCAAUUCUCUCUAUUCAUUUCUCUCAACUCCUCUUUAUUCAUAGGAUUCGUUACUCCUAAUUUAAUUAUCUAUUCAUAGGAUUCGUUACUCCUAAUUUAAUUAUAUUUACAUUAGCCAUCAAUUUACUGCAGCACUCUUCCUCUAUUUGGUUUUUGGGAUCUGUCAUGCUUUACGAGUUCAAUUCAAUAUUUGAAAACCUAUUUUAAGUGAUUGAUAGAAUGAUAGGAUGAUAUAAAGCAAAUAUUAGUUUGUCGCUAUGAAGAAAUCCAUAAGGAGUUGCGAUGCUGGCUUCCGAAUUGUAAGGUAAGACUUCUACGAACAAGUAGUGCAGGAAUUGAUCGCUGCACUUCAAAGCUGGGAAUAGAGAAUUUACAUUGAGAUUCACUUGAACUGGUGAAUAGUUUAUGGAAGUCUUUCAUAUAAAAUCUCGAAAGAUGUAAGUUUUUUUCCUGUUAAAUGCUUUCUGUCAAAACUCUGAAUAGAUCAAUGUUUGAGAUGAUAGAGAACUUCAUUGAUUCUCCUUUAUUGUAUUUCAGUUCCAUUGUUUCUUUUUUCUUCUCACUGCUCGUUCCUUUUUUUUUUUCCUUUCUCCGUUUCGUGCUCAACACUUCACUGUUUACUGAUUUAUUGAUGAUUAAUUACAUCGCUGAAAGGUUAUCUAUUUGUCGAUCGAAGUCGUGUUUAUGUUCUUUAUUGUGCAGUUAUUGAUGAAGACCUCUGCUCUCCAAAUAUCCAGAAGGGCCACACCUUUGGAACAACUUUCUCAAGCAAUACAGCAGGGAAGCGAGGUGUCUGUUAAAGAGCUUGAAAGCCUCUUAUCACUUCUUAUGGACAAGAAAAGGAAAAUGGAGCAAGAAGAAGCUGAAUCAAGUCUUCGGAUUAUGCUUGAGUUCCUCCAGUUUUUGAGGAAGCGAAAGGUUGAAGAGCUUAAUGAGGUUGAAAAUGAUCUCCAGUUCAUUAAAGAAGAUACAAGUGCUGUGGAGGAACAUAGAAUGGAAUUGUAUAGGGCAAGGUGUAGAUAUGCAGCAAAGAUGAGAAUGCUAUUAAAUGAUUCUUCUGUGGUGACAAUCCGGCCUUCAUUGAUAGAUAAGCAAGGUACUGGCAUCAUUUCUUGCUCCUCAAUUUCACAGCGACAAGGAUAUGCUGCUUCAGACACUUCACAGAACAGGAAAGCAGAUGCAAGAGCUCCAGAGAAUGUUCACAUGACGGAUUCCGACUCACAGAAUUCUGAUCAAUCUGGACUUGUGACAGCAAGAAAGAGACGUAUCUGUGCACAGUUUGAUGAUAUACAAGGUUAUUAUUUGCAAAAGCGGCGACACUGCACAAAACAAUCACAUAGACAGGAAGAAAGGGUAGCAAACGUCAUAAACAGAGAAGGUUAUUGUGCAGAACUUGAGGAUUUUCAAUCUGUUCUAUCUACCAUUACACAAUACAGUCGGUUGCGGGUUGUUGCUGAACUUAGGCAUGCCGAUCUUUUCCACUCAGCUAAUAUUGUCUCAAGUAUUGAAUUUGAUCGAGAUGAUGAAUUUUUUGCUACAGCUGGUGUGUCGAGACGAAUCAAGGUCUUUGACUUCUCAUCAGUGGUAAAUGAACCGGCUGAUGCACAAUGUCCUGUUGUUGAAAUGUCUUCACGAUCCAAACUUAGUUGUCUGAGCUGGAACAAGCACACAAAGAACCACAUCGCGAGCAGUGACUAUGAAGGCAUAGUAACCGUUUGGGAUGUGACCAGUCGUCAGAGUGUUAUGGAGUAUGAAGAGCAUGAAAACCGAGCGUGGAGUGUUGAUUUCUCUCAUAUUGAUCCUUCUAUGCUUGUGUCCGGCAGUGAUGAUUGCAAGGUCAAAGUUUGGUGCAUGAACCAGGAGGCAAGUGUUAUUAGCAUUGACUUGAAAGCAAACAUUUGCUCUGUGAAGUACAAUCCUCAAUCCAGCUUUCAUAUAGCUGUGGGUUCUGCUGAUAAUCAUAUCCAUUAUUAUGACUUGAGAAAUAUUAAGCAGCCGCUGCAUAUUUUCAGUGGACACCAUAAAACUGUUUCAUAUGUGAAAUUUUUAUCCAACAAUGAGCUGGCUUCUGCAUCAACGGAUGGUACAUUGCGUUUGUGGGAUGUCAAGGAGAACAUUCCACUGCGAACUUUUGGAGGACAUACAAAUGAGAAGAACUUUGUGGGUCUUGCAGUAAACAGCGAAUACAUUGCCUGUGGCAGUGAAACAAAUGAAGUGUUUGUCUAUCAAAAGGCGAUUUCUAAGCCAGUAGCAUCGCACAUAUUUGAUUCUGACCAGAAUGAUCCAGAUGAGGACAUGGGAUCACAUUUCAUCAGUUCUGUUUGUUGGAAGCGCGAGAGCCCAACCAUUUUAACAGCAAAUAGUCAAGGGAUCGUACAAGUGCUUGUUCUUACUGCUUGAUGAGUAAAAGUGGAACGAUAAAAUGAUAAAAGAAUGACGAAAGGGCUUCUUAUGAAGGAAUAGAGGUACCACGCCCCUGCACCAAUUCUCCAUCGUACAUGUGUGACCGGAUUAUUAGGGUAAUUAAUGAAGAUGGUUUUUGAUCUUUGUUGCUCCUUUUAAAACAAUUUGACUGAUGGAGAUGGGAAUGUCGCUCCAAGGGUGUUUGAUUAUACGGUACGUAAUGUACUUAAUAUUAUUGCAGCCAGCAUCAUGUUUAUGGUACCAGUCUGAAGUUCAAGCGCAGCAGUUCAGAGAAAAAGAUUGUUUCUUCAAACUUUAUUGGAAAGACUAAAAACAUAAAAUCUUCUUAUGGGAUGAAGGUUGUUCUGUAUAAUUUCCACGCCUUGGCAGUCCUCUGCUUUCACUCUGGAUUAAAUAGUCCAAACCUCGUUUUACUAACAAAAUUGUAUUGCUGUAACUUUGGAGGGGAGAGCGGAUCCAGAAUUUAAAUUUUAUGGGCUCAACUUUUAAAGGUUUUAACAUUGAACCCAUUAUAUUUUUAAAGUUAUGGGUUCAUAUCUUACUAUUGUUACAAUUUUAGUACAGUUAUGGGUUCAAUUAAACCCGCUAGUAAGACGUUGCAUUCCGGAGGGAGCAUUCAUUUUUCAUGACA